AUGUCCGCAACGGCAGAUCCGGUGUUCCAGCGCCGGAACAAGCAGAUACAAGAGGCCAUUGACGCUCAGAAUCUCAAGCAGGCUUUACAACUGAUUGACAAGAGGAUCAAGAAGGGCGAGGAUACGAGAUUUUUGAGAGCAUGGAAAGCGCAUGUCCUCUUCCUCCACCCCGAUCAAACGCAUUCGCAACAAGGAAUCGCCGCGACACUGGAAAUUUGCAAGCUUGAUCCUCCGACCACGGACUUGGACACUAUAGACUUAUUGAGCUCGACGCUAAGAGCGGUACCGGGCCAUGACGGUACAGCUAGGAGUCUGUGGGAAAAGGCAGCAAAGGCAAAGCCCCAGGAUCAUGAAAUUCAGUCACAAUGGUUUACCAGGUCAUUUGAAGGGGAGAACUGGCAGUCUGCGCAAAAGGCUGCGAUGAGCCUCAACGCAAAUUUCCCCAAGCAACGAAAGUAUUAUUUCUGGGCGAUCUUCCUGUGCCAUCUCUUGGCUGUCAAUUCAGCUUCGUCCGAAACAGAACGCAAGCUCUUUGGAACCCUGGCAUACCGCAUGGUGUCCAAGGCCGCGGAAAAUGUGCCGGCUGACCCUAAAGAAUUGUUAAGCCCUCCGAGAGCCAUUCAGACUGCCGAGGAGCUGAUACUCCUAAUCAAGAUCUUCCAGGCGCAAGGCCGCGACGAUGAAAUCUUGAAGAUACUCGACAGCGACAAUCUUGGACUGAACUCACGUUUAGUUCAAAACGACUGGUUUUUUAUCAGAGAAAAGCUCCUCUCUUUAGAAAGAGCCGAGAAAUGGACGAGUGGCUUUGAGUAUGCUAAAGAGCUUCUGAAUAUGCCAGAAGAAGACGAAGCUGCAAAGAAGCUUUUACAGGAAAGAGAUGACUGGGGAGUCUGGAGUCUUUUGUUGACCUCGACUAAGAAGCUGAAUGAUAAAAAAAUAUCUGAAGACACGAUAUCCUUUGUACAGAAACUCACACAACGUUUCCCAAAGUCAAGGAAUGCCCAUCUUGCUCUUCUAGAGGUUUCAAUAUUGAAACUGGAAAGCGGUGAACUCGAACAGCCUGACUUGCUUGCUGCUUAUCAGAACUUUUAUGACUUCAACAGUACCAAGAUGUACUGUUUUGAUGACGUUCGGAAAUACGCCCCACACAUCGACCAAACGCAUAUCUUGAAGCUGGUUGAUUAUGUUCUGGAGAAAGCUGGUGCCCAAGAAGAUAUAUCUACAACAGCGCAACAGAUUACACUCAUUAACGCCUACAAGCUAGAGUACUGUUUCAAAGUUUUUGCAGAUCCCUCUUUAUCGAAACAGCGUGUUGAAGACUUUGUCUCGCGCUGUCUCAAGAUGUACCGCGCUAUGAAAAAGGAAGAAUCUACCGAGAAGACAAUCGAAAAUCAACCCAGAGACGACCUCGGACUACUCGCUGUCAUGUGCCUCAUACAACUUGAUGAGCAAUCGAAGCGAAGAAAAACUCCAAGCGCGGAAUUGAUUCGUUCUGCAGCUAUCCUAGAACAUCUCUGCCAAAACUCACCACACAACUAUCAAAUUCUGCUUCUUCUUGUGCGGGUAUACCUCCUACUCGGUGCAGGUUCAAUCGCUAUGAAAACAUUCAGCAAGCUUUCUGUCAAACAAAUACAAAACGAAACUGUCGCACACAACUUAUACACUCGUCUUGCCACAAUCCACCCACUUGGAGCACCACCCAUCGAAGCCGAAUUCAAAGAUUUCAUUCCCGAAGUCGCUCUUUCUCAGGCCAUUAGCUUUUACGACCAUGCGGACCGAACAACAACACGUCAGCGAACAACCGGAUUGAAUCUCGGAAGCUAUGUCAAUGUUGAAGGUACAAUUGAGCUUCAAGAAAGCUUGCGAAACAGUAUCUGCAAACGAAUGUGGGCUCUUGAAGCACGCCGCAUUGAUCGAUUGCAAGUAAAGGAUCGAUUUUGGAGAUUCGACGAUAUAACUUCGAACCAGUCGCAACUGGUAGACAAGCGAACUUUCGAUGCGUUCAUGAACUGUGAACCGUUAGAUGGGCCGUCAUUCGAGGAGAAAUUGAGACUUGGGCCUUUGCCAAAGGAACGCUGGAUACGUGCCACAAGCAUAAUUGACCGGAUCUGGGUAUUGAAUCACCAACUACAAUCACAAAAGCCCAUUAAAGCAGAUACCGCGCUUCCCGAUAUUGAGAAAUUGGACUUGUCCGAGAAUGUUGUUGAUGAUAUGACACAAGUCGAGAAGACCAAUGCCGAAUGUCACCGUAUCCUCUUGACAGCUACAUUGUUACUGUCCGACUCUAAAUCGGUCCCUGGACAAGACAUCAACAAAGUCUUCAAACAGAUGGAAGAAUGGGUCUCAAAGACACUUGAAAGUGUUUCAGACGAUGCGACUAUUUUUGCAGAGACUGCAAUUGCUCUACCAUCAGAAGGGAAUAGCAGACGGAUACUGCCGUCCUGGCAAUAUCUUCACGCCAGUGUCUCGCUUCUAGAGACGCUGAAGGUAUUAUCAUCAACAAUAUCAUUAGUCGAAACAUCAGCAAAGAAACUACCGAAUUCGGGCGCUAAGCCAACGAAAGAAGUUGUGCAGGGUCUAAAGGAAGUCGCAACCAAACUUCAAGAAAAAGUCAAGUCAAACACACGAACUUUGAGGUCGAAUGUCAUAGGAUCGGGUGUUCUCGGUGCGUUGACCGAUCUGAUAUUCCAGCAGAAUCAGGAAGAUUCGACUGAGGCCAGCAGUGAGCUUGCUGAAGAAUUGGAACAGACUCUAGAUGCGAGUGAUGUGGAGGUUUUCUGCGGAGAGCUCUUAGAAAGCUGGGAAGAGGCACUUGGGGGAAAAACCACCCCUAUCGAGACUAAGGCCCGCAUCAGCCGCAGCAAGGGUCGUCUCUCUCGCCGCACCGCCUUUGUCCGUGACAUCGUCAAGGAGGUUGCUGGUCUCGCCCCUUAUGAGCGCCGUGUUGUCGAAUUGUUGAGGAACUCCCAGGACAAGCGUGCCCGCAAGCUCGCUAAGAAGAGACUCGGCACAAUCGGCCGCGCCAAGGCCAAGGUCGACGAGAUGCAAAAGGUCAUCGCCGAAGCCAGACGGGCUGGUCACUAA